GUGGGUGAGCAGCAUUUAUUAUUGGGCCUGCUUUGGGCCCACGAAAUAAGAAUUCGGAACCCAGGCUUUUAUUUUGCCUACAAUAUUAAAUAAUGGGGAAUUUGGUCCAAUGCCUGUAGGAUGAGUUUUACGAUUUUUAUCUUUUUAUCUUUUUAUUUGUUAUUUUUUUUUCUAUCUUUUUAAUUUUUAAUAAUCCCAAAAUAGUUUUAUAUCCAAAUUAACAUAUUUUGAUUUUUUUUUUAUUUUAUGUUAUUUUUUUUUUUUUUCAUCCGACUGUAUUCUUCUCAUUCAUCACCCUUAUCUAAAGCUGGCUUAUCUCUUCUCAUUCAACCAUCAAACUUUCUUCACUUAGUUGCCCUUUUGCCAAACAGUUCCGUCUCUCCGGUCACCAAAAUUCCAUACAAAGAAAUUGAUGGGUUGGAAUUCGAAAUUAGGGUAUUGUGAAGAAGGAGGAUGUGGAUUUGUAUACGAAGCUCAAGGGUAGUACUGCAUGGUGGAAGCAGAUGCCUAAGCUUGCUGUUUCACUUGGCUUCUCUGAUAAAAUGCCUGGUAGUGUUCGAUGUGCGAUUUGAUGGUCUGAUAAUGGAAAUCGGCAAGGAUUUGGGAAUGGAGGACGGGGAUUUUGUGGUGGAGACUUGCAUUAUACAUACUCUACCCCCAGCAUUGACGCUUGACAAGAGAUUAGAGAGUAUCAAAGAUGCUGUGGGGAAGUUGAAGCUAAAUCCUUCUUCUACCUCCAAUGGGUUCUUUCGGCUUCAGUGCUGCCAAUAGCAUCUCUGUUUCCAUUCCUUUAUUUAUUUGGGCAUCCUUUACCAAAUCAGUCUAUGAGAUUGGAUUUUGGUUCUAUACAAUUCAUAGAGAGCAAGGGAUAUUACUGGGUAUCAAAUCGGUCUCCGUUUUAGUGGAGGUGCCUCAUAUGAUUUUAAUGCUGUCACUAAAGUUUGGCAUUAUACCAAUUGUGGUGCCAGUUGGUGUUCGAGAUUUUGACAUGGAUGGGGAACAUUGGGUCAAUUCGGGAUUGAUACCAACAGAGGCUUUUGUAGGAGUUGUAAUAUUUUCUAGUUUUUAUUCAUAAAACACUUGUACAAUUUCCUCUUGCUAAUUCAGAUUUUGUUUUUAGUUUUUAUACA